UCCACGAAGGCGGAGUCCAGAGUCUCCAGAGUUUCCAGCUCCGGCUCCAGAACAGAUGAGAGGAGGAGAUCCAGCAGCCGAGGACGUGAAAAAAGAAAGCGGAAACGCAGCCGUAGUAGAUCUUCCUCGUCGUCCUCUUCCAGUUCGUCUUCCUCGUCGUCCUCGUCUUCGUCGUCCUCGUCGUCCUCUUCUUCAUCGGGUUCAUCGCACUCUUCCAGCCGCAGUCGGAGUAGCUCUAGCAGUAGCGACUCGCGCAGUAAAUCCAGAAAGCAGUCUAAGAAAAGGAAAAAGGAGAAACAACACAAAAAAAAAGGGAAGAAAGAGAAGCGACACAAACGUAAAAAAGACAAGAAAGCAAAAGGAGGAGAAGAUAAUUCGGGACCUGUACAGAUCUCCAAGUACUUGAAAGACCGGAAAAAAGGCAAGUACAGCAUGAUUUCAGGGAAGAAGAUAAAGAUGAAAGUAAAGAAGUCAAAGAAAGACAAACAGCGAGAUAAAAAUCGAGCAGAACUUCUCGAGUUCUUGAACUCUACCCUGUGAUGCCACUGUGGGUGCCAGUAGUGGUGCUCGGGCUCGGACACGUCAGCAGAACUCAGGAAACAACAACUCUGCUUUCCAGGAGAACAAAAAAAAAACGAAUGGCGUUCUGAGACGGAGACGAUGAACGCGACUUACACCGACACACGGGGGGACAGUGCCGAGCCCGAGAGAGCGAAGGAGCUGCAUCUCGUGCAGUGCAGUGAGAUGCGUUCAGACCACUAGCUAUAUGUUCACCAUGGUACUGCCCAGGUGGCGGAUUCUUUCAGCUAAGUCUGAUAGCUUUUGUUAUAUGAGCAGUGUUAUCCAUCGUUUUAUCCGUGGCCAUCAGAUAAAGGUGUCAUUUGUAAUUAAACAGCAUCAGUCUGAGCUUCACUGCUUGUGGUUUGAACGUGUUUUCCCCGCUUUGACAGAUCACUCCCCCGAUUUAAUCAAAAUCGAUGCAGCCGAACAAGUCUUUUUUUUUCUUCUUUUUUUUAAAUAUAUAUAUUCCACACACAGGCGGCUACAUUACCCACAAUGCAACUGAGCCUCCGUCAGUUCGACCGGAGAUUCAGGCGUGUUAUGCAAAUAGCUGCUAAUGUAGCCUCAAGCAGAGAUGAGGAGCGGGCUACAGAGAGCCACUGAAUUAUUAUUUUUUGUUUCAUUUUAGUCCUCAGCCCAAACUGACGCAGCGUCUCCCUCUGGAGCCACAAAGGCCUUUGUAUAACUUCCUUUCACAUAUGCAGUAGUACUCCCCCUCACACCUGUAAAAAGACUUCCAUGUGUAACAUUGGUGGAGUUCCUGUUUACCUGCUGGCUGUGUCAAUCAUUCACGUCUCCUUUACCACAUUCAGGACUGCCCAUACGUUUAUUUUAUUUUUUUAGACAACUGACCGUCAUGUUUCUACAGUAAAUGUUGGCUAUGGGAACCACAGUGUUAUCAGUGUGUACUGAUCUUUGUGUACAUAUUGUUUAAAAUGAAAUGAGAUCGAAUGCGUUGUUUGAUGAUAACUGUAAUUUCCCCAAAUUCUGUCAUGUUUUAGCUCUUUUAUUAAAUUGAGAUAAAAUACAA